AUGAAUAGCUUAUUAUCUUGUAAGCUUACCUUUUUUUCUCUUUCUCUCAGGGACACCAUACAAAGACGAGGGAACGCUGACGACGGCAGAUACGGUUGGCUGGGAAGACGCCUCCUCCGACUUGGGGCCCUUCAGCCCGGGUCUGUGGCUGCAUCGUGGGCGGUGAGCAUCUUCAUGCCUCUACCAUUAUGUCACCACUGUGUCCACUGGACUUUCAUUACCAGGACACACGGCUCCCCAGCUGAACCGGGCUGCAACGGCGGGAUUUUGUUUCUUCUCAUUUCCAUCUCGCCAUUCCGACCCAGAUGUAAUAGAUCCAUCACCAAGCUUCUGACCAAAUCAUGGUGCAAAUGGCCACCGCUGCUCUGCAAAUCUGCCGCUCUACGCUCGAACAAGUAUCGCGGCAUGGGGUCUUUGGAAACACUAGCCAUGACCAACGCGGGAGUGAUGUUCCUCGGCCGACCGGGGUGCAGACGAGACGUGCCGACGACACACCCCAGGACCCCUAAUAAUCCUAAUUAUUUUAAACUAAGGUAA